AUGAUAUCCCUUCUCCCACCACCAUCUGCAAGAGUGGGUAGAAUCAUCUUACCGUGGUCGAGACAAAUAUCUUAUUCUUCAACCUUUGCUCGACACCCCUCACCGUCAGCUCACAAAUGGUCACAUCCACCCAGCUCCACAACCAUCGCCGACGAUGAGGUUGCAAGCCUUGCAAGCAAGCCAUUACAUGCUCUGAGUUUAGCAGACCUUGUGAAACAUGGGCGUCCACCGCUUUCUACGGACGCGUUAUUCUCCAGUGCGAACUUUACCCUCUCCCUCCUUCCUAUACGGUUAGCACAUCGAAUCCAAGCUCUACGAAACCUGCCAUUCAUAGUGGUAUCGAAUCCGAAUAUCUCGAAGAUCUAUAACAAUUACCUCCACUCGUUGUCCACAUUACUUCCUUACAAGGAGAAGACAAUAAGCAGCCUCGAAGACGAGAUUAAAUUUACGAGCGUCCUCGCAGACUUGGUUGAAACACACUCUCAUACUAUACCCACUCUCGCUCGAGGCUUUCUCGAAUGCAGGAAGUAUAUCAACCCAAUUGAGGUGACCCGGUUCCUGGACGAGCAUCUACGAGCACGAAUAGGGACAAGAUUGAUCGCUGAACAACACAUUGCUCUGCAUGUGUCCUCUCAGCCACACCAAGACCCCAAAUCAAGCUAUCACGAAGAAAACAGCCAGUCCUCAUACAUUGGAGUCAUUGAUACAGCACUGCAACCUGCGUCCAUCAUCAAUUCAUGUGGGAACUUCGUUUCGGAGAUUUGCGAGUUGAAGUAUGGCGUACGGCCAACUUGGGUUAUUGACGGAGAGCCUGGGACUACAUUUGCAUUCGUGCCAGUCCAUUUGGAGUAUAUCAUCACGGAACUAUUGAAGAACGCGUUCAGAGCAACCGUCGAAUCUGGAAAGUCCCACGAACCAGUUAUCAUUACCAUUGCUGCAGAGCCUGAGAGCCCAAGAGAAAAGGAUCGGAGUGUAAAGAAUGGCUCUUCAGCUACAGAUGAUAAUCCACCGAUCAGACCCUUCGAAGACCCAGCUCCUGGUGUUACGAUCCGCAUCCGGGACCGUGGUGGUGGUAUUAGUCCCGAGGUGUUGCCAAAUAUCUGGUCAUAUUCUUUUACCACAUUUUCGGAUGAAGAUGACCUUCCAGGACAAGGGCCGGGUAAUGGAAGCAUAGAUGCAUUGAAUGCAAUGUCAGGUGCUGGAGGAGAAGGAAGCUCCAUCGCUGGUCUGGGAUACGGACUGCCUUUGAGUAGAGCCUAUGCCGAGUACUUUGGAGGAGGCAUUGCUGUGCAGAGUUUGUAUGGGUGGGGCUGUGAUGUGUACCUGCGUUUGAAAGGGUUGGGCAGACCAAAGGGUUGA